AUGGCGCUUAACCUCACUGUCAAAGUGCACCCUGUUGUUUUAUUUCAAAUAGUAGACGCAUAUGAGCGUCGAAGUGCGGAAUCUCAUCGAGUUAUUGGGACUUUAUUAGGUACUUCUGAAAAAGGGGUAGUCGAAGUUACAAACUGCUUUUGCGUACCUCACAAAGAAUAUGAAGAAGAGGUGGAAGCCGAGUUAAAAUAUGCAAUGGAUUUGUAUGAUUUAAAUCACAAAGUCAAUGCACAGGAAAAUAUAGUUGGAUGGUGGGCUACUGGAAAUGAGGUGACCAACCACUCUUCGGUAAUUCACGAAUAUUAUGCCCGAGAAUGCAAUAACCCAGUUCAUUUAACUGUGGAUACCACACUAGAAAAUACAACAAGGAUGGGUAUCAGGGCUUACGUUUGCGUGCAGUUGGGAGUUCCAAAUGGAAAGCAAGGUUGCAUGUUCACGCCUGCAAAAGUACAGGUUGUGGCCUAUGAACCGGAAGUUGUGGGACUCCAACUAUGUGCAAAGACCCAGUUGCAGUCUCAGGUUCACAUUUCCGGAAUGAAACCUGGCGGUGUCGUCGAACCCAUGAUGGAUCUAGCCCAAAUCGCCGAUGCAAGCGUCAAACUUUCUGUUAUGCUUGAUCAAGUUCUUCAGUAUGUCGACGACGUGCUCGCAGGAAAGCAACCUCCAGAUAAUCAGGUCGGAAGAGCUCUCCUCGACAUGGUCAACUCUGUGCCAAAGAUGUCAAGUGACCAGUUUGAUGAGAUGUUUAACAGCAACGUGAAAGACCUUCUGAUGGUCGUUGCUCUUUCUCAGUUGAUUAAAACGCAACUACAACUUAAUGAGAAACUCACACUUCUCACGUCACUCUAACACAAAUUUUAAGAAUUCCUGUAUUCUAAUUUAUCAUAUUCAUUCAAUGAUAUUGACGCUGUAAAACAACUGUGGACACAAAUCCGAAAUUCAUUUAAGCCAUUCGCUGUUGCAAUCAAGACUUUUUGUAAAAUUGUAUAGAACUAAAAAAUCGAUAUUCGAAUAAAAUGAGUAUUACACAAGAA